AUGGAAACUGACGACAACGUGCCAGAAGAUGGCGCUGUGGCAAGACCAUUCACAAAUACUGUAGCUGCCACAGAGGGAAAUGGCGCUGUGGCUAGACCUUUCACAGAUACUGUAGCUGCCACAGAGGGAAGUCAGCAACAGGGGAGACAACUCAAUACAUCAACACAUGAUGGCGCUGUGGCUAGACCUUUCAAAGGUACUGUAGCUGCCAAAGAGGGAAGUCAGCCACAGGGGAGACAACUCACUACAACAUCAACACCAGAUCGCGCUGUGGUCGGACCUUCCACAAAUACCGUAGAUGUUGCAGAAGGAAGUCAGCAACAGGGGAGACAACUCAAUACAUCAACACAAGAUGGCGCUGUGGCUAGACCUUUCACAGAUACUGUAGCUGCCACAGAGGGAAGUCAGCAACAAGGGAGACAACUCACUACAUCAACACCAGAUGGCGCUGUGGCUAGACCUUUCACAAAUACUGCAGCUGCCACAGAGGGAAGUCAGCAGCAGGGGAGACAACUCACUACAACAUCAACAAAAGAUGGCGCUGUAGCUAGACCUUUCACAGAUACUGCAGCUGCCACAGAGGGAAGUCAGCAACAGGGGAGACAACUCAAUACAUCAACACAAGAUGGCGCUGUGGCUAGACCUUUCACAGAUACUGUAGCUGCCACUGAGGGAAGUCAGCAGCAGGGGAGACAACUCACUACAACAUCAACACCAGAUGGCGCUGUGGCUAGACCUUUCACAGAUACUGUAGCUGCCACAGAGGGAAGUCAGCAACAGGGGAGACACCUCUCUACAACAUCAACACCAGAUGGCGCUGUGGUUAGACCUUUCACAGAUACUGUAGCUGCCACAGAGGGAAGUCAGCAACAGGGGAGACAACUCAAUACAUCAACACCAGAUGGCACUGUGGCUAGACCUUUCACAGAUACUGUAGCUGCCACAGAGGGAAGUCAGCAACAGGGGAGACAACUCAAUACAUCAACACAAGAUGGCGCUGUGGCUAGACCUUUCACAGAUACUGUAGCUGCCACUGAGGGAAGUCAGCAGCAGGGGAGACAACUCACUACAACAUCAACACCAGAUGGCGCUGUGGCUAGACCUUUCACAGAUACUGUAGCUGCCACAGAGGGAAGUCAGCAACAGGGGAGACAACUCAAUACAUCAACACCAGAUGGCACUGUGGCUAGACCUUUCACAGAUACUGUAGCUGCCACAGAGGGAAGUCAGCAGCAGGUGGCACAGUCCAUUUCCACAACAACCCACAACUACUUUGCUUCUACAGUUUCACAUUACGACCUGUCCAACUCCUCUAACGUGGCAAUGGAGGAUGGCAGACAUCAAGGCUGUAUAUCUCAAGAGUGUCUCAGUGUUAGGAUCAACCAGCUCAGUGAUAUGUUUGUGGAAACCCAUGCUCUUGACAAAGCAAAAGAACUUCUGAAAAGGCACAACCACGUGGCCAUCUGCGGAGCCCCUGGAGACGGGAAAACUAGUGCAGCUCUCAGGAUCUGUGAAGCAUAUAUGAAGAAAAAGUAUCAAGUAUUGUUUGUUGAAAGUAUUGAAGAGUUUGACAGGGAUGUCGUCAUUAAGCGGAAGUGUGACAUGCUGCUUGUGUUUGACGAUGUCUUUGGCUCUGUUGCAUUUCCAAGCAGCUUGGAGAAGUUACACAAAAUGUUCAAUGCCUUGGUUGAUGUUUUACUGCACUUUACAAGAGACAAGGAACUGAAAGCCAAGGAAAAACAACCCCAGAAGAAAAUUAACAAAAGAAGGAAGAAGGAAGAUGAGAAGCAAUGUGAAGAUGAAAAGACACUAGUGUGUAACUACAAGCUUCGCUUUAUAUUCACAUCCAGAAGCUACAACUGGAAUGAAGGAUGUGCACGACUGCAUCAGUUCAAAGUAAAUCUGUUUAAGCCGGAAGCCAUUGUUGAUAUGAUCAAGACUUGUUUAACCACAGAAGAAAAGAAACAUAUUCUGACAUUGUUCAGGAAAUGCCAAAUGUGCGAUAUUUCCAAUAAGGACAUGAAAACCAUUACUCAGUUACAAGACAGCAGGUUUGGCUUUCCUCUGAUCUGUAAACUAUACUGUACAAACCCAGCCUUCCAGAUGCACAACAUAAUCGACUUCUUUCAGAACCCUGUGACCUACCUGAGAGGUGACCUUGACACCAUUGUCCGUGAAGGCAGCAGCAGGUCGGCAGCUCUGGUUCUCCUCGUCCUGUGUGGAGGGAAAUUGAACCUUGCCUCUUUUAAGGGGAAGGAGAAGAAUCUCACUGAACUGUUCCAGGCUGUAAAGGAGGAUGUCGUGUCUUGCACUCGGACAGACAUUGGCAGGGAGAUCAGCAACUGUACUGGCACCUACUGUACAGUGGAGAAUCAUGUAGCCUCCUUCUCCCAUCCCUCCAUCUAUGAUGCUGCAGCAUGUGCCUUGGGGAAUCUCAAUGAAGAUUUGUUACUGGAACAUUGUUCCCUGCAGUUUUUAUAUGAAAGAGUGAGGCUGAACAAGGCUGAUCACCAGCAGACAACCCACACUGAUGAUGUCACAAACAUGAUCUACAUCACCUCAAGUCUCCACCCGUUAGUGAUCAGCAGAUUGGUGGAGGGUGUCCAAGAAGGAUGCUUCAGAUGGACAGUAGGCCACCCUGUAUUCAGCAGUGCUCAAAUAGUCUCCGGCUUCUUGACACAGAUGACGGCAGACUUGCCAGAUGUUGUUCACAGAAAAGAUAGGAACUCAGGCGAAUGUUUUCUAUACUGGGUUUCACUGUCAACUUACCAUUCACUGUUUGAACACACAUUGUCACUGAUGAGUAGAGAGGGAAGCCUUUCACAUUCUGUACUCGCUGACUUCUAUGAGAGUAUCAUAGGCUGUACAAAACAUGGCAAUCUCAGGCACCUGCAACAUAUUGCUGCUGUACUCAAACAACAUGGGAAAUACGAUGUAGACAUGAGGACAAAGGGAGAGAGGACUCCGCUGAUGAUUGCUGCUGAAGCAGGACAGUUGGGGGUGUUCAACUUCCUCCUCCAAGAGGGAGCUGAUGUUUCAGCAACAGACGAAGAUCGGUACAACUGUCUUCAUCUUUCAUGUAAAUCAGGAAGCAAAGAUAUAGUAAAUGUUAUUAUUGAGAAGUUUCAACACCUCAUCAAUGACCGCAGUGGUGAGGGAAACACCCCUGUUAUGGUGUGUGCUGAGUCACAGCAGGUUGAAAUCAUCAAGUUCCUUGUUUCACACAAAGCAGAUCUUACUCUCAGAAAUUAUUUCAAAGUGAACGCUUUCCACAUAGCAUCUAGCAACGGCCAUGUAUCAGUUGUAGAGUAUCUGUUGACAUGUGAACACAUAACCAUAGAAAUGCGAGGAGGGUGGAGGCAUCAAACAGCAGUUAUGAUGGCAGCUGAAGGAGGACACUAUGAUGCUUAUAAUCUGCUUGUGUUGGAGGGAGCUGAUCUGUCACUUAUUGAUAGAGACAACAUGGACUGCCUGAUGUUGGCAUGUAAGGGAGGUAAUUCGGCUAUGGUGAAUCACCUCCUGUCAUUGAAAACAUUUAACAUCAACAGACGAGGGUGGUGGCAACAAACAGCAGUUAUGAUUGCAGCUGGAAGAGGAGACAAUGAUGUUUAUAAUCUUCUUGUUUUGGAGGGAGCUGAUCUGUCACUUACUGAUGAAGACAACAGGGACUGCCUGAUGUUGGGAUGUAAGGGAGGUAACGUGUCUAUAGUGAAACAACUCCUGUCCUUGAAAACAUUUGACAUCAACAGACGAGAUAGAUCAAGGAAACAAACAGCAGUUAUGAUGGCAGCUGAUAAAGGACACAUUGAUGUUUAUAAUCUUCUUGUGUUGGAGGGAGCUGAUCUGUCACUUGCUGAUGAAGACAACAUGGACUGCCUGAUGUUGGCAUGUGAGGGAGGUAACGUGUCUAUAGUGAAACAUCUCCUGUCCUUGAAAACAUUUGACAUCAACAGUCGAGGGAGGUUGUCGAAACAAACAGCAGUUAUGAUGGCAGCUGGAGGAGGACUCUAUGAUGUUUAUAAUCUUCUUGUGUUGGAGGGAGCUGACCUGUCACUUGCUUAUGAAGACAACAUGGACUGCCUGAUGUUGGCAUGUAAGAGCGGUAACGUGUCUAUAGUGAAACACCUCCUGUCCUUGAACACUUUUGACAUCAACAGACGAAGGGGGUUAAGGAAACAAACAGCAGUUAUGAUGGCAGCUGGAAGAGGAGACUAUGAUGUUUAUAAUCUUCUUCUGUUGGAGGGAGCUGAUCUGUCACUAACUAAUGAAGACAACAUGGACUGCCUGAUGUUGGCAUGUGAGGGACGUAACGUGUCUAUAGUUAAACACCUCCUGUCCUUGAAAACAUUUGACAUCAACAGUCGAGGGGGGUGGUCGAAACAAACAGCAGUUAUGAUGGCAGCUGGUAGUGGACACAUUGAUGUUUAUAAUCUUCUUGUGUUGGAGGGAGCUGAUCUGUCACUUACUAAUGAAGACAACAUGGACUGCCUGAUGUUGGCAUGUGAGGGAGGUAACGUGUCUAUAUUGAAACACCUCCUGUCCUUGAAAACAUUUGACAUCAACAGUCGAGGGAGGUGGUCGAAACAAACAGCAGUUAUGAUGGCAGCUGGAAGUGGACACUAUGAUGUUUAUAAUCUUCUUGUGUUGGAGGGAGCUGAUCUGUCACUUAGUGAUGAAGUCAACAGGGACUGCCUGAUGUUGGCAUGUGAGGGACGUAACGUGUCUAUAGUGAAACACCUCCUGUCCUUGAAAACAUUUGACAUCAACAGACGAUGGGGGUCACGGGGACAAACAGCAGUUAUGAUGGCAGCUGGAAGAGGACACUAUGAAGUUUAUAAUCUUCUUGUGUUGGAGGGAGCUGAUCUGUCACUUAGUGAUAGACGCAACAGGGACGGCCUGAUGUUUGCAUGCGAGGGAGGUAACGUCUCUAUAGUGAAACAUCUCCUGUCCUUGAAAACAUUUGACAUCAACAGACGAUGGGGGUCACGGGGACAAACAGCAGUUAUGUUGGCAGCUGAAAGAGGAUACCAUGAUGUUUAUAAUCUUCUUGUGAUGGAGGGAGCUGAUCUGUCACUUGCUGAUGAAUACAACAGGGAUUGCCUGAUGUUGGCAUGUAAGGAAGGUAACGUCUCUAUAGUGAAACAUCUCCUGUCCUUGAAAACAUUUGACAUCAACAGACGUGGGGGGUCACAGAAACAAACAGCAGUUAUGAUGGCAGCUGAAAAAAGGCACUAUGGUGUUUAUAAUCUUCUCGUGUUGGAGGGAGCUGAUCUGUCACUAACUGAUGAAGACAACAGGGACUGCCUGAUGUUGGCAUGUAAGAGAGGUAACGUGUAUAUCGUGAAACACCUCCUGUCCUUGAAAACAUUUGACAUCAACAGACGUGGUGGGUCACGGAAACAAACAGCAGUUAUGAUUGCAGCUGAAAGAGGACACUAUGAUGUUUAUGAUCUUCUUGUGUUGGAGGGAGCUGAUCUGACACUUACUGAUGAAGACAACAUUGACUGCCUGAUGUUGGCAUGUGAUGGAGGUAACGUGUCUAUAGUGAAACAUCUCCUGUCCUUGAAAACAUUUGACAUCAACAGACGUUGGGGAUCACAAAAACUAACAACAGUUAUGAUGGCAGCUGAAGGAGGACACUAUGAUGUUUAUGAUCUUCUUGUGUUGGAGGGCGCUGAUCUGUCACUUACUGAUGAAGACAACAUGGACUGCCUGAUGUUGGCAUGUGAGGGAGGUAACGUGUCUAUAGUGAAACAUCUCCUGUCCUUGAAAACAUUCGACAUCAACAGACGAGGGGGGUUGUGGAAUCAAACAGCAGUUAUGUUGGCAACUGAAGGAGGACACUAUGAUGUUUAUGAUCUUCUUGUGUUGGAGGGCGCUGAUCUGUCACUUACUGAUGAAGACAACAUGGACUGCCUGAUGUUGGCAUGUGAGGGAGGUAACGUGUCUAUAGUGAAACAUCUCCUGUCCUUGAAAACAUUCGACAUCAACAGACGAGGGGGGUUGUGGAAUCAAACAGCAGUUAUGAUGGCAGCUGAAAAAGGACACUAUGGUGUUUAUAAUCUUCUUGUGUUGGAGGGAGCUGAUCUGUCACUAACUGAUGAAGACAACAGGGACUGCCUGAUGUUGGCAUGUGAGGGAGGUAACGUGUCUAUAGUGAAACAUCUCCUGUCCUUGAAAACAUUCAACAUCAACAGACGAGGGGGGUUGUCGAAUCAAACAGCAGUUAUGAUGGCAGCUGAAAAAGGACACUAUGGUGUUUAUAAUCUUCUUGUGUUGGAGGGAGCUGAUCUGUCACUAACUGAUGAAGACAACAGGGACUGCCUGAUGUUGGCAUGUGAUGGAGGUAACGUGUCUAUAGUGAAACACCUCCUGUCCUUGAAAACAUUUGACAUGAACAGACGUGGGGGGUCACAGAAACAAACAGCAGUUAUGGUGGCAGCUGCAAAAAGACACUAUGGUGUUUAUAAUCUUCUCGUAAUGGAGGGAGCUGAUCUGUCACUUACUGAUGAAGACAACAGGGACUGCCUGAUGUUGGCAUGUGAGGGAGGUAACGUGUCUAUAGUGAAACAUCUCCUGUCCUUGAAAACAUUUGACAUCAACAGACGUGGGGGAUCACAGAAACAAGCAGCAGUUAUGAGGGCAGCUGAAGGAGGACACUAUGGUGUUUAUAAUCUUCUUGUGUUGGAGGGAGCUGAUCUGUCACUAACUGAUGAAGACAACAGGGACUGCCUGAUGUUGGCAUGUGAGGGAGGUAACGUGUCUAUAGUGAAACAUCUCCUGUCCUUGAAAACAUUUGACAUCAACAGACGUGGGGGGUCACAGAAACAAACAGCAGUUAUGAUAGCAGCUGAAAAAGGACACUAUGGUGUUUAUAAUCUUCUCGUGUUGGAGGGAGCUGAUCUGUCACUUACUGAUGAAGACAACAGGGGCUGCCUGAAUUUGGCAUGUGAGAGAGAUAACGUGUAUAUAGUGAAACACCUCCUGUCCUUGAAAACAUUUGACAUCAACAGACGAUGGGGGUUGUGGAAUCAAACAGCAGUUAUGGUGGCAGCUGAAAGUGUAUACUCUGAUGUUUAUAAUCUUCUUGUGUUGGAGGGAGCUGAUCUGUCACUAACUGAUGAAUGCAACAGGGACUGCCUGAUGUUGGCAUGUGAUGGAGGUAACGUGCCUAUAGUGAAACACCUCCUGUCCUUGAAAACAUUUGACAUCAACAGACGAGGGGGGUCACAGAAACAAACAACAGUUAUGAUGGCAGCUGAAAGUGGACACUCUUAUGUUUAUAAUCUUCUUGUAUUGGAGGGAGCCGAUCUGUCACUUACUGAUGAAUACAAUAUGGACUGCCUGAUGUUGGCAUGUAAGGGCGGUAACGUGUCUAUAGUGAAACACCUCCUGUCCUUGAAAAUAUUUGACAUCAACAGACGAUGGGGGUUGUCUAAUCAAACAGCAGUUAUGAGGGCAGCUCAAAGUGGACACUCUGAUGUUUAUAAUCUUCUUGUGUUGGAGGGAGCUGAUCUGUCACUAACUGAUGAAUGCAACAGGGACGGCCUGAUGUUGGCAUGUGAUGGAGGUAACGUCUCUAUAGUGAAACACCUCCUGUCCUUGAAAACAUUUGACAUCAACAGACGAGGGGGGUCACAGAAACAAACAACAGUUAUGAUGGCAGCUGAAAGUGGACACUCUUAUGUUUAUAAUCUUCUUGUAUUGGAGGGAGCCGAUCUGUCACUUACUGAUGAAUACAAUAUGGACUGCCUGAUGUUGGCAUGUAAGGGCGGUAACGUGUCUAUAGUGAAACACCUCCUGUCCUUGAAAACAUUUGACGUCAACAGAAGAGGGUGGGGGCAACAAACAGCAGGUAUGAGGGCAGCUGAAAGAGGACACUAUGAUGUUUAUAAUCUUCUUGUUUUGGAUGGAGCUGAUCUGUCACUAACUGAUGAAGACAACAGGGACAUCCUGAUGUUGGCAUGUGAUGGAGGUAACGUGUCUAUAGUGAAACACCUCCUGUCCUUGAAAACAUUUGACAUCAACAGACGAGGGGGGUCACAGAAACAAACAGCAGUUAUGAGGGCAGCUGAAAGUGGACACUCUUAUGUUUAUAAUCUUCUUGUAUUGGAGGGAGCCGAUCUGUCACUUACUGAUGAAUACAAUAUGGACUGCCUGAUGUUGGCAUGUAAGGGCGGUAACGUGUCUAUAGUGAAACACCUCCUGUCCUUGAAAAUAUUUGACAUCAACAGACGAUGGGGGUUGUCUAAUCAAACAGCAGUUAUGAGGGCAGCUCAAAGUGGACACUCUGAUGUUUAUAAUCUUCUUGUGUUGGAGGGAGCUGAUCUGUCACUAACUGAUGAAUGCAACAGGGACUGCCUGAUGUUGGCAUGUGAUGGAGGUAACGUCUCUAUAGUGAAACACCUCCUGUCCUUGAAAACAUUUGACAUCAACAGACGAGGGGGGUCACAGAAACAAACAACAGUUAUGAUGGCAGCUGAAAAAGGACACUCUUAUGUUUAUAAUCUUCUUGUAUUGGAGGGAGCCGAUCUGUCACUUACUGAUGAAUACAAUAUGGACUGCCUGAUGUUGGCAUGUAAGGGCGGUAACAUGUCUAUAGUGAAACACCUCCUGUCCUUGAAAACAUUUGACGUCAACAGAAGAGGGUGGGGGCAACAAACAGCAGUUAUGAGGGCAGCUGAAAGAGGACACUAUGAUGUUUAUAAUCUUCUUGUUUUGGAUGGAGCUGAUCUGUCACUAACUGAUGAAGACAACAGGGACAUCCUGAUGUUGGCAUGUGAUGGAGGUAACGUGUCUAUAGUGAAACACCUGCUGUCCUUGAAAACAUUUGACGUCAACAGACGAGGGUGGGGGCAACAAACAGCAGUUAUGAGGGCAGCUCAAAGAGGACUCUUUGAUAUUUAUAAUCUUCUUGUAUUGGAGGGAGCUGACCUGUCACUUACUGAUGAAUGUAACAGGGACUGCCUGAUGUUGGCAUGUACGAGAGGUAACGUGUCUAUAGUGAAACAUCUCCUGUCCUUGAAAACAUUUGACAUCAACAGACGAGGGGGGUCACAGAAACAAACAGCAGUUAUGAGGGCAGCUGAAAGAGGACUCUAUGAUAUUUAUAAUCUUCUUGUAUUGGAGGGAGCUGACCUGUCACUUACUGAUGAAUGCAACAGGGACUGCCUGAUGUUGGCAUGUAAGAGAGGUAACGUGUCUAUAGUGAAACACCUCCUGUCCUUGAAAACAUUUGACAUCAACAGACGAGGGGGGUCACAGAAACAAACAGCCGUUAUGAGGGCAGCUGAAAGAGGACACUCUGAUAUUUAUAAUCUUCUUGUGUUGGAGGGAGCUGACCUGUCACUUACUGAUGAAUGCAACAGGGACUGCCUGAUGUUGGCAUGUAAGAGAGGUAACGUGUCUAUAGUGAAACACCUCCUGUCCUUGAAAACAUUUGACAUCAACAGACGAGGGGGGUCACAGAAACAAACAGCAGUUAUGAGGGCAGCUGAAAGAGGACACUCUGAUAUUUAUAAUCUUCUUGUGUUGGAGGGAGCUGAUCUGUCACUUCCUGAUGAAUGCAACAUGGACUGUCUGAUGUUGGCAUGUAAGAGAGGUAACGUGUCUAUAGUGAAACACCUCCUGUCCUUGAAAACAUUUGACAUCAACAGACGUGGGGGGUCACGGAAACAAACAGCAGUUAUGAUUGCAGCUGAAAGAGGACACUCUGAUGUUUAUGAUCUUCUUGUGUUGGAGGGAGCUGAUCUGUCUCUAACUGAUGAAGACAACAAUGAAUGUGGACAUGUGAGGGAAGCAGCGUGUCCAUAGUGAAUCACCUCCUUUGGUUUAAACAUCUGGCCGAGGUGAAUGAAAAUUCAGCCAUAAAAAGAACGAGUACAUUACUGAGUGAGUCAGUUUGACAAGGACCCAGUCACGGGAAUAAACACUAAAGUUUAUGAUAUGCUACCGAAGUCUGGAGUGCAAUAAUCACUACCCAAGACACAAAAGAAACAAGCCAUGGUUUUGGACAGAAUGUGUUUUAAAGAUAUAUAUUUUCGUAAAUUAUACGCGUGUCUCCUUGUAAUCAUGAAGGAUACUAAACCAUCCGUAACCAUGAAGAUUUGUACCCAACGAAAAUGGCUAACUCGUAACAAAAAGUCUCGCCAGAUUCGUAUCUGUUUUGGUGCUGUCAUGUUUUAUUUGGCUUGCCCGUGCCCCAAUUUGAAGGAUCGGUAUCUAAAUUGGGAUUACCCCUACCCAUUUAGGUUUUUAAAGCAAAAUGCCCCAAACUGGAUUGCUUUAACAGGUACAGAGCAAGAAAACAUGUUUCUAAUCAUUUAUUCAACACUAAAUUCUCAUAUAUUCUGACCUGCACUUUCAUAACAAUCUGUUCAUUGCACUAUUACAUUUCCCCAAUUCAUUCUUUUUACAUUUCAAGCAUUCACCCUGUAUACGUUUCUGAACUUUAUUCAUUAUACAAUACAAACAUUCAUUCAUUUUACAUUUUAAAAUUCAUUAAUUUUACAUUUCAAAAAUUCAUUCAUUCAUUGGUGAAUGAACAAUCAACCAAUUCACUCGACCAAUGUCCGCUGUUUGUCUUCAAGUGGCCUUAAUUGCUCAACUCAAUCAAUGUUUGAGGUUUGUCUUCAAGUGGCCUUACUUGCUCAACUCAGUCAAUGUCUGAGGUUUGUCUUCAAGUGGCCUUAAUUGCUCAACUCAAUCAAUGUUUGAGGUUUGUCUUCAAGUGGCCUUAAUUGCUCAACUCAGUCAAUGUCUGAGGUUUGUCUUCAAGUGGCCUUAAUUGCUCACCCCAUCAAUGUCUGUGGUUUGUGAUAUUAGUCCUCAAGUGGCCUCGUCACCUAGAGAGCUGCAGUCUGAAAGCUGAUAUCUCUCUCUCUGCUGGAGAAAGGUUUGCCUUGGUGUGACAAAUCAUGUGUAGUUUCAUUGGGUACGGAUUCGCCUUUUGGGCGUAGGAGUCAUCCUGCUGAUUAGGAACAAGUGGGUACGGGUUGUCCAGCACUUGGGUACGAGUCAUCCAGUUGAUUAGGAACGGGUGGGUACGGCUUGUCCAACACUUGGGUAUGAUUCAUCCAGUUGAUUAGGAAAAGGUAGGUACGGGUUGUCCAACACUUGGGUACGAGUCAUCAAGUUGAUUAGGAACGAGUGGGUACGGCUUGUCCAACACUUGGGUACGAGUCAUUCAGUUGAUUAUGUACAAGUGGGUACGGCUUGUCCAACACUUGGAUACGAGUUAUUCAUUUGAUUAGGAACGAGUGGGUUCGGGUAUCCAACACUUAGGUACGAGUAAUCCAGUUGAUUAGGAACCAGUGGGUACGGCUUGUCCAACACUUGGAUACGAGUCAUCCAGUUGAUUAUGAACGAGUGGGUACGGGUUGUCCAACACUUAGGUACGAAUAAACCAGGUGAUUAGGAACGAGUGGGUACGGCUUGUCCAACACUUGGAUACGAGUCAUCCAGUUGAUUAGGAACCAGUUGGUACGUGUUGUCCAACACUUAGGUACGAAUAUACCAGGUGAUUAGGAACGAGUUUGAACGGGUUGUCUAACACUUGGGUCCGAGUCAUCCAGUUGACUAGGAACGAGUGGGUACUGACGCUAUGUUGGUGUAAAAUAUUGUAAAUUUAAUUAAUGUGGUUUUAAUUAAUUAAUUGAUGUAUGUCAUGUUACCAUGUGAUUAUAUCUGUUCAAUCUUUGGAUGUAUUUUAAUGAUGACAGCGAUGUUUGUCAGGGACUAUUUCUUGUCUACACUCUUGCAUCGUGGCUAUUUUUAGAAAGUAAGUUGACAUUUUGCCUUGAUAAACAAAUACCUAAUGCACUACUUAUUGAAGAUUUCCCGAUUCAUUUCUUCCUCUAGCGUGUUUUAAAGUAUAUCUCUGGAUUUGAUAUUAUAUUGGAUAUUAAGGGUAACUUAACUUGAUGGCACUGAAUGACUUAUUCCAUCCGCUGUUUGUCAUGUCUAAGGACCCGUGAAGAUUCCGGGUAGAAUAGGUCUUCAGCAAUCCAUGCUUGCCGUAAAAGGCGACUUUGCUUGUCGUAAAAGGCGACUAACGGGAUCGGGUGGUCAGGCUCGCUGACUU